UAUGGAGAUCCUCAAGAAGCGGACGGUCAGAUGAAAUGGCACACAGAGGAAACAUGAACACCUCGAGCAUUUACAGCACAUUCGGACGCUUCUUCCCUAAUAACUUUUCUGUUUGGGAGCAUCUCCAGAAGAACUGGACCACGCGCGACCUGACGCCUUUCUCCAUCGACUUUCUGUUUGCGGGUCACGAACCAGACACUAUAGUUUUAAUGGUGAUGUACGUGAUCUCUUUCGUGACCGGACUGGUGGGGAACAUCAUGGCUCUGUGGGUCCUGACGCGCCGCAGGAAUCGCUUGUCUGGAGCUUCAGCCACCAGGAGACUCCUGGUCAACCUGGCCGUGUGCGACAUGAUGGUGGUGUGCGUCUGCAUGCCGGUCAACUUGGGACAUCAGGUGUAUAACGCCUGGGUGUUUGGAGACUUUCUGUGUCGAGCCGUGCCGUUCGUUCAGGCGGUGUCGGUCUCCGCGAGCGUUCUGAGUCUGGCCGUGAUCAGUCUGAACAGAUACUACAGCGUCCACAGUCCACUGCACGCCAGGUCUUUCUUCACGGCCAGAAGAAUGAUAUGCAUGAUAGCCGUGGUUUGGGUCGUGUCUUCUGCGUUAUGUUUGCCUUUAUUCUUCAUGAACACGACUAAGACUCUUUCCCUUCUGGACGGGCUGCACACCGUGACCGUGUGCGUGGAAAGCUGGUCUAAAGUCAAACUGCGCCAGGGUUACAACUUUUUACUCUUUUGCGCGUUGUAUGGAUUCCCGGUGGUCUUUAACCUGAUCAUUUGCUUCCUGACCGGUUGGAAACUGAGUAGAGGGGGCACGGCAUCGAUAUCAGACCCCAACCAGCUCGCUCUGACCUCCUCUUCGACAUCGCGCCUGAAAACGCGCAAGAGGAUCGCCAAAAUGGUCUUCGCGCUCGUGCUGCUCUUCACCUUCUCCUGGCUGCCGCUGUACGCCGUGGACAUCUGGAUCGAUUCCAACAUCCCCAGCUCCCCUGACAGAAACGACGAGCUGAGCAACGUCGAGCAUAACUGGAUUCUCCAGAGCAGACCCUUCGCGCAAUGGCUGGGUCUCACCAACUCGUCCCUGAAUCCCCUCUGCUACUGCUUUGUCGGAAACUUGUACAGAUCGGCCAAAAGGUUCAGGGAAAGCUACAGAGAGAAAAUGUCUUCGGUCUUGAGUCUGACCAAUAAAUCUUCAAUUAGAAAUUCCGCGACUAAAACCCAGCUGCGCAACUCUGGCUCGUCCAGGAGGUUCGCGUCGGAAACGAGGAGCUGCAACGGGUUCAAACUGACCAGAAGUAAAAGCGUGUCUUCGACGACCGUGUGUGAGAGCAUUUGACUUGGGGAGCGCGAGAAUGUACAGGCACAGAUGGAAAUAUGAAUUAAGGGUCAUGCUUUAUAAAUAACUUUCAUUGAAAAGUCAUUAUCAAACGUCAGAUGCUGCUUAUAGAGUAGUAGUUCAUGUACAUUUUAGUCAAUAUAUAUAUUUUAAGGGUUUUUUUGCAACACAAUAACACUGUGCUUCUAUUUAUUAUUUGCUUUUUAUAAUUAAAGACAUUUUUCAUAAAAAAAUAUAUAUUUCCAGCAUAAUUUAAAUUUGAGUUUUUCAGGUGUGGGUAGUUGACGAAUAAAAAAAAAGACCAUUUUGUGUGACAUAGGAAAAAUUUAGAAACAAAAAACUUAAAUUAACAUGAAAAAAUUAGUUACAAAUAGCUUAAGAGAGGUUUUGCAUUAACAUAUAUAUAUAUAUAUAGUUUUUACAUUUUUCUGUCACACACUGAUGAAGUCAACUACCCAUGUCUCUUUUUUCCAGUGUUGUCUUAGACUCAGAAUGCAUAAUGUAAUAUUAUUAAUAAUUUAAGGAUGUUUUCAAAAGUUAUCAAUCAAAGGUAUUACUAAGCAUUAAUAUGAAUUAUAUAUUUAUCUCGGCUAUUUAGAUUUUUUUCUUUUUUUAUUAGUUUCAGUUAAAUAAGUGAAUACCAGACUUGUUCUGAAAUAAGUCCAUAUAUGAGUGGAAAACUGUGGUCCGAUUUACGGGGACAAAACCAGAGCGUGUGGCUCAAGUCAAGAUUAAUUGUACCAUUGAGAGGCUUUAGCCCUGACGAGUGGUUGUCUGUUAUUCCCACCAUCUCCUCCCCGGCAGAAAUCUCAAGAGCUCUAAAUAAUAAAUAUUCCUACUGCUAUACAAGACUGUAUCACCGCACCGUGCAUGUUUACAGUCUUUAUUGAAACCGUUAAGUUAUACAAAUUUAACGACAAAUUAGAGUUAUAUUAAAAAAACAUACUGCUUAUGUUCCAGUGUUUGCUGUCACACAAGAAAAAAACGACUCGGUAGGAGAUUAAUAUAUUUAUGCAAGGUAAUUUCCUUAUUGUGCUAGCGUGACUAUUACAGAUGAUAAUUUGUUGUCACUUACAUUGAGCACAGAUGCGCACUCUCUCGGUGAAUGCUAACCUGGCUGUGAUUCUGUGCAGUAAAAUUAAUUUCGCAUUAAUCCGAACAAAUGGCGUUCUAAGAUUAUCCUCAAGUGCAAAAGAUUUUCAGCGAUCUCUGCAAGCAUGCUGGCUAUAUUUCAGAAACUAUAAUUAUGCCGGUUUCGCUUCAUUAACUGAAAAUUGACUGUGCAUAAUUCGCUUAGUAAUGAAUCCAAGCAAGAUACAUCGGCGCAGAGAUGCAUUGCAGAUGAGUGCUGAUUAUCGUAAAUAUGACAUAAGCAUCACCUCGGAUGCUGAUGCUUAUUAUAAAUACCCAAAUAAGCUGUGUAAUGCUCUGCAUUUGAUUGAGAUGCAGUAUUUAAUUUUAAAUUAGCAGCGUUCACACCACUUAAGCUUGAAAUAUGCCCACAUUGAUAACGUAAUAGAUGUAUAUAACAGAUCAUGUAAUAGAAUAACAUAUAUAAAUGCUUAACAUUGAAUUUGAAUGAUGUAUAUUCUUAUUUUUGAUAAACCAGUUAAAAUUUCGAAGCUCAUCCGAAGCACAGUAAAAGUAGCUCUAUUUUUGCAAAUAUAUUACAGCUUUUUUUCUCUCACUAGCGUACCGAAGAGCCCUAAUGCAUUACCAUAAUUGACAUUUUUACUGUUUAUAGCAGGGAAAAUUGAGUGACUAAGGCCUCUAUUUUGCUUUAAAAGAUCUCAAGAGUGUCCUCUGAUUACAUUUAUUUAAACUGAACGUCUAGCACGAAUGGGGCUCCUGUCAGUCAUUGAAAACAAAUGAGCGCCAUAAUGGAUGUAGUGCCUGUGCUAAUAACCUCAGAGAGCUUGCGCCGUCAACAAUUCAGUCUGGUUUCAAAACAAAAGGAACGUCGGUGACAAACCGCGCCGCUCGGCGUGGCUUUAAAAGCGUAAAUCGAACAUUAAAACAAUUACCGCGGCUUAAUAACUCACACCUGAUGGAGAGAAUACACGCCACGGUACUGAAUAUUUUAGGCCGUCCGUGUUCAUAGGCGGUCUCUGAAUGAACUAAAAUUUCCUGCAGUGACCGGAGUCGUUGUUAUUCGGCGUGGGUGUUCAUUGCUGCCACGUUCUGCUUUGUAUUUUGAGGACGGAGGGGAAACCUGCGAGCGUGCUCAAUAAAUUAUCGUUCGCUUUUUUCGUCAGACUUUGGCUGCAGUUACUCUUUCUCGCUCAUCUGGACAUCUAAAGCUAUUCAUCUGUAAAACAAGAAACGGGGCUUCUUACCUGGUAUCUCUUCAGUCCAGCCGCUGAGUCUAAUUGAAUGUGUCGGUCCACACAGUGGGUUCUCUUCAAAGCUUUUUUUAUAUAUUCGAUCAGUUUAAUUGUACGCCUAAUGGAACUGAAUGUAAGAAAGAUUCUGUUUGAAGUCUUCAAACACGGCAUAAAAGGCUUUUGAACUCUCCUUUUUCUGUCAUUAAUAAACGCAGCAACUAGCUAAAGGGCAAUAUAGUGUACACCAAGGCUAAAGAAAUCGUUCCCACAAAAAUGAACAUAUGCUGGAAAUGUAUUUACCCAGCCAAGGCCAUCCAAGAUUAGCGUGUCUUCAUCACAGCAGUAAUCCAUUUGACUCCAAUGCAUCAAGCGAUAUAUAUUGUGAUGUGAAAAGCUAAAAAACAAAUCCAUCAUCAGCUCUUUUGGACUGUUUAUGCUUGUAAACAGCACUUAUGCGUAUUUCUCACCUGAUGAGACUACUUUCUCAGUUCAGAAAGCAC